AUGACCGGCGCUGCAUAUCUUGCGGGCCUUGAUACCGCGCAGGGGAAAAUGCCCAAUGCACCGGUCAUUGUAGCUGAUAUUGGUGGCACGACAACGGACGUCUGCGCACUGUUCCAUGACUGUGCGAACGCGGUGGGAGCGGCCAUUGCCAAGGUUUCUGGAUCUAUCGAUGUAAUCAAAGUCAUGGAAAAUCUCGAUGAGGAGGAAGUAGUUAAUUCAGUGUGCGAAGAGGCCAAACAGCGCGCCAUCGAGGCUGGUGCCGACCCUGCAACGGUCCGCAUCAUCGAGCUCGAUAACAUGCCAUUGCAGUAUGUUCAGAUGCGAGCGAGUCGCAUUGUAGCAAGAGCGGCCGGUAAUCUCAACAAGGAUAUGCCAUCGAGCCAUGUGACAGACUCUCAGGUGCAAGAAGUAGAGGAUAAUUGGACGAGAUCAGCACGAAAGACUGCGAAUGCGGAUAAAGAUCCUAAAGACUUCAUUGUCAGUCCUUCUGUGCUAAUAGACGUAUCUCAAUAUCGUCCCGAGGUCGACAAGAACGGAACAUGGUGGGUCUCGGAGGUCGAUUGCUACAUGUGCUAUAUGGCAGCCCGCGCUGCAAUCAAGGCCGGCCAUCGGCUUGCGGUUGUUGAUGUGGAUUCUCUACCGGAAGACGAGUAUAUUAUGGGGAGCGUCUCAUAUGGAGCUCCGACUGUCACUCUUGAGAGGAUUCCUAGCGGGACGGAAGCAAAAGAUGCCACUGAUGCGUUGUUGAUGAGUUACCCAGGGCUCAAGAUGGCAGCUCAAGCUGCAAUCGAGAUCGGUGGCAUGAAUGGGAUUCGACCAUUAUUGACCGGACUAGACUAUGGAGUUCCUGCCAUUGACGGAGAUUUUAUGGGGCGAGCAUAUCCCCGACUUUACAUUCUCACACCGUUCUUAUAUGGCAUGAGUGCGACACCUUGUACACAAAGUGACGGCAUGGGCAACGUUGUCACGGUUAACAAGUGCGCCGACUUCCGGAAGCUGGAAAAGAUUCACCGAAAAGCUGGCCAUGAACUAGGUCUCUUCAGCCAAAUGGUUGAGGCUAACCCUUCUGGCCGGGUCCUCUACGUCGGCAAGAUUGUCAACGUCCAUCGAUACGUGUCAGCAGGCGGCUAUACUGAAGGCAGUGUACGACUCAAACCGCUGUCUGAAGAUGAACAGGAAUAUGGUGAUGCCGUCGGCACGGAGACACGUGAGAUGGUUCUGCCUUUCCAGAACGAGUAUCUCUACGCCGAACUGGUUGAACCUGGGCAAGCCUCGAAAGCGGGAAGACCUCGUGGGGAGAUACUUUGCACUGUUCCGGACUUGAUCUCAUUAGUUGGAACCGACGGUUAUGCCUUGGGUACACAAGACUUGCGAUAUGGUGUUAGGGUCAGCGUGGUGGCAUUUGUCGCACACCCUCAUUGGUACACGCCCCAAGGUAUCCGUGUUGGUGGCCCAACAGAGUUCGGAUACAAAGAUCUGGAUUUUAUUCCUUUAGGGACGCCCUACUAUGAACCAAAGCGAGUCACUCAGGAAUUCAGACCACAGUAG